UCUUCUGCAAUAAGAUCACGGAAAGUCUGGCCGCAGCAAGAGACAACGAGCCACUAGGUGACGCUCGGCGCGGGACCCGGAAGUCCCCGAGUUCAAGUCCGACGUCAGACCCUCCAGGCUGGUUGAAUUGGGGCAAUUCACUCCGCCUUUGCUUGCCUCUCUACAAAGCAGGGAUGAGACUUCAUCCCGCCUGAGCUUACAGCCGAGGCUCCCCGCGGCUUCUCCCGCCUCUUCCUAGAGCCGCGUUUACUGUCAGCAGCUCUAGUGAGGGGGCACAAACACAGAGCGCCCCAGGUCCUCCAGGAAGCCGACUUCCGCUUGUUAGGCGGAAGAAGAAUUUAAGCCGCCCCGGAACCGGAAGCCGGGAGUGCGCGCUCGGGCCGUCGCUGAGGAGCCGACUGGCCCGGGUCCGCGAGGAUGAAGGAGGCGAAGCCCGAGCGGGAGCGGAGGCAGCGGCGCCGGCGGCGGCGGCGGGAGGACGAGGACGAGCCGGGGGAAGCGGCGGGGGAGGAAGUGCUGGUGCCGGAUCUGUCGCUGGUGAAGCAGGAGCGGCGCAGCCCGACGCCUGCGUCCCGCUCUCACCGGCCCCGGCCCCGGGCCCGGCGCGGUUCCUCGGGGAGUCCGAGCCCGGCGCCGGAGGAGGAGGCGCCCCUGCCGGCCCCGGCCUCGGCCGCAGCCCCACGAGCCCGCAGCGCUCGCGCCUCCGGCGACCGCGCUGGCAGCGGCAGCAGAUCACCUACCAAAAGGAAAAACAAGUCCUUUGGGAGAAGAAGCAGAUCUCCUCGAAGUAAGAGAAGCCGUAGCCCUCAUCAUCCUGUAGUCAAGGUGAAGCAGGAACGGGAAAGUGAAAAUCAAACUCGAAGAGGAAGAGAUGAAAGGCAACACAGGGAGCAGUCAGAACAAGAACACAGGCGGGAGAGAAAUGGUGACCGGGACAGACACCAUAGCCAUUCUAACCAGAGGAAGACCAUUAGUGAGAGGCCUAGUGGUGGGCGGAACCGAGAUGCCCAGAAUCUACAGGAACAAGAAGCAGAAAGAGAGUUUUAUAAUGCUCGACGACGGGAGCGUCGCCAGAAAAAAGAUGUGGGUGGCAGCAGUGAUGAGAAUCAGGAGAUUGUUCUGCAGCCUGCUGGUGGCCAUAGUAAGGGAAAAGAUCCACCGAAUAAAGAGAAACCCAGCUUUGAACUGUCGGGGGCACUCCUUGAGGAUACCAACAUGUUUCGAGGUGUGGUGAUAAAGUAUAGUGAGCCUCCAGAAGCACGGAUCCCAAAGAAACGCUGGCGUCUUUAUCCCUUUAAGAAUGAUGAGGUUCUUCCUGUCAUGUACAUCCACAGACAAAGUGCUUAUCUUCUGGGCCGACAUCGGCGGAUUGCAGAUAUUCCUAUUGAUCAUCCCUCCUGUUCAAAGCAGCAUGCAGUAUUUCAGUAUCGGCUUGUAGAAUACACACGUGCUGAUGGAACAGUUGGCCGAAGGGUAAGGCCAUAUAUCAUUGACCUUGGUUCAGGCAAUGGGACCUUCUUGAACAACCAGCGUAUUGAGCCACAGCGUUACUAUGAACUAAAGGAGAAGGAUGUGCUCAAAUUUGGGUUUAGUAGCAGGGAAUAUGUACUGCUUCAUGAGUCUUCAGACACCUCUGAGGUGGAUAGAAAAGAAGAUGAAGAUGAGGAGGAGGAGGAGAUGAUAUCUGACAGCUAGCAAAUUGCGAAGAAGCUCCUGUAGCUGCUAAGAGAAUUUUUCCUUUGUGAAAGGCCUGGACUUGGGAUUUAAAGAACAGAGGAGCACUCCCUGGUGCUUCUUAUUGCCUUAAGUCUUUCCUCUGUUGCUGAUCAGCUUAUGUUAAAAUUUAAGAAAUUUGACAAUUUGUGUUUUUGGUUGAACUUAUUUCUGUGAUCUGUUAGCCACACAAGUGUGGACAUUUGCUUUCAGAAUAAUUUCACCAAUAACAGUCGUCCAUUAUGUAUAGUAGAAGCAUGAUGGCGUGGCAUGAGUUGGUGCUCUGGAAACUAUUGCCUGGUAACUGUAGACCUUUGGUUAAAAAGAGAAACGUGGCAUGUUCUCUUUGUGCAACUAUUUGCUUUGUACAGUGACUUAUUAAGAAUAUGGACCAGCAGUUUUUCACAUUUUAUUUUUUUGUAAAUAUCUAGACAGAGAAUUUGGCCCAAGUUUUGGUUGUCAUCAAAACAAGCCCUCAUUAUAUAUAAACUGAAUUUUCAGUCCAGUUAACUUUUAAUCAUAGAAAUCUAUUUCAUUACUUAGUCUUUGGGGAUGAGAAUUUCACCACACGACUUCAUUGUCUGCUUUUAUGCAGACAAAUGUUGCAUCCUGUUGAAAUAUAUGACAGGGCAAUAAAAUCAUGGCCAUUGCGGAGAAGAAAUUGAAAUGGGCCAUGGAUCUAUUUCUUACAUAAGAGGAUUCUAUAUUUCCCAAAGUAUCCUGGGUCUGUCAUUAAUUGGGUUUUCUUGUCUGUUUAACUGCUUUGCAUUUAUUAUAAUACUUUUUUCCUCCUAAUUCAUAGUGUCACUUAUAUAGGAGGAUUACCUCAGAUGUUGGAGCAGUCUUCAUUUUAACUAUAUGUGUGUGCUAAAGAGAAAUUUUUGUUCUGCUCAAUGUAUUUUUUAAUAUCCUGAAAGGCCAUGUCUGCCAUCAUUUUCUCCCCCACCCCAUAAGCAGGGAGGAGCUUAGGCAAGGAAAACACUUAUUUACUAAUCUUCCCUAACUCAAAUAUGUGUGCAUCAAAUUUUGUCUGUGUACAUAUGUUGUAUAUAUAAAUUGGAUGAGAGUGUGUGUGGGUGGGUGUGUGGGUGCAGGCUGGAGGUGUGUUCUACAUGCAUCUGAAUGGUUUUUGUAAUGUAAAUGGAAUACUACAUUAUGAGUAAAGGCAUAGAUCACCUUGUUAUUUCAAUAGCAGAAUCUCAUUUAUAUAUAGUUUGGGAAUUACACAAUAAAAGAAUUUAUAAAUGUAGCCCUACUCAGCCCCAAAGUGUAAUACUUUUCUAGCAUAAAGUUUUUUACAUUUUUUGCUUUUAAAAAGCUUUAAAUUUAAAAAAAAAAAAUUGAAGUGGAAAUAAAUGGUAAUUGAGAG